AUGGUGUGCCUAUCUUUCGACGCACCUUUUCUCCAACCAGCCCUGGGCACCUGGCAUUGGCUGCUGCUGCUGCUGUCAUGUACAUCCGGUGCGCUUUUUUUCCUUGACUUGGUCACCUGUCGCCGAUUGAAACCACUUAAUUUUAUUUCUAUUGGUGCUAAUGAGAAUUCUACUCUUUUUGGUACGUGCCCAGUCACGUACUCCAAAGAAGAACUGAAGGAAAAAUUAAACCCUGUACAAUAUCAUGUUACUCAGGAGAAAGGGACGGAGAGAGCCUAUUCUGGCAAAUACGUGAGCUGGAACGAAGAAGGCAUAUUCACCUGCAUUAAAAGGGAAAUGUCACAUUUAAAGAAGACUAUACACAUGGAAUGCAGCGCCUGGAGGUCAUGUGUUCAGACUGUGGUGCUCAUCUGGGCCAUGUAUUUGACGAUGGACCGAUAUCUAAGAAACAGACAGGCCUGCGCUAUUGUGUUAACUCUGCAUCGUUGGAAUUCAAAAAACAUACAACAGACAAAUGAAAAGUUGUCAAAAAUGCAUCAUAACCAGUGCAGCAGCCAUCGUGUUUACAUUUUUCUUUCUUGUGCACCCUUCCUGUCACCUAAUUCACUUUUGUUAUCUCAACCCUUCUUCCCCCACCACCACAAUCCUCACACUGCAUUAGAGCUCGUGAGAUAUUGCUUGGUCUUGACUCCACUUGCAACUACCCCCACAACCCCAAUCAAUCCAAAGUAG